AUGUUGGGGAUGGUGAGAAAAGAUAAGCCUGAGCUUCCCUCUAAGCUUUUUGUGAUGAAGAACAGAAAGACAAGGUCACGGCCACCUAUAGGUGAUGUGAGCGUCUACAAUGCCUUUGUGUUUCGGAGUGAAAUAAACAAGGACUGGAACAGUGGAAAACUGAGUCAAAGGAGGAUUUUUCUGGAGCAGCUGGGAUACAAACUAGUGAAACCUCACAUAGCGAAAGAUGGGUUCUGGUUUACUCGUGUCCUCUUCACUCUCCUCUUUAACAAACCACAUUUUUCACAGCAGCAGAUCUCACUUCAGCUGAUUCUCCUCCAGAUAUUCCUGCUUGCUUCAAAACUUAGUCACGACUGUGAGGAUGAGAAUAUUACAGCCGUGUCUCCGACUUCGUGCCCACCUCAAGACUUUAACCAGCGUACACGACUCCAUCCUCCAGCCAGCGCCCAAGACAUCACUUCAAACGACCACGGACUUCCAGCCAAUCAGAAACCUUGGGGAACCCCUUUCUGCAACGACGUCAUCAAAGGGAAUCUCUUAACACAAAGGCAAGAUCUGAUGGAAGAGAACGAGGAGAGUGAAGAACUGAGUGAAGUGAUGGAGAAACAUCAUGACAAACCUGGAGAAAAACCUUUGAGUUGCUCAAAGACUAAAAAUACAUUUUUAAAGAAAAGAGCCAAGAAAUCUUUCACCUGCACUCAGUGUGGAAAGAGUUUUACAAACACACAACGCCUUGAUGUUCAUAUGAGAGUUCAUACUGGAGAGAAACCGUUCAGUUGUGAUCAGUGUGGGAAGAGCUUCAGGCAGUCAACACACCUUAGGGAGCACAUGAUGAUCCACACUGGAGAGAAACCAUUCAUGUGUGAUCAGUGUGAAAAGACAUUCUCAAACAAACAAAAUCUUAAGGUUCACAUGAGAAUUCAUACUGGAGAGAAGCCACAUGCAUGCCAUCAGUGUGGGAAGAGUUACACACAACCAACACACCUUAGGGAACACAUGAGGGUCCACACAGGAGAGAAACCAUUUAUGUGUGAUCAGUGUGAAAAGAGAUUCACAUACAAACAAAGUCUUGUGCAUCACAUGAGAGUUCACACUGGAGAGAAGUUAUUCAAAUGCGACCAAUGUGGAAAGAGUUUCACAUGUAAACAAAAUCGUGAUGUUCACAUGAGAGUUCACACUGGAGAGAAACUGUUCACAUGUGAUCAGUGUGGGAAGAGUUUCAGUGAUUCAGCAUACCUCAAAGUACAUGUGAGAAUCCACACAGGAGAGAAGCCGUUCACAUGUGAUCAGUGUGAAAAGAGAUUCUCAAACAAACAAUGUCUUGUGCUUCACAUGAGAGUUCAUACUGGAAAGAAGCAGUUUGCAUGUGACCAGUGUGACAAAACAUUUCGUGUGGCAUCACACCUGAAGACACACCAGACAGUUCAUACGAAGGAGAAACCACAUUCAUGUUCUGUAUGUGGAAAGAAUUUUUCACUGCUGCAAUAUUUAAAAGUACAUCAGAAAAUACAUACUGGUGUGAGAGAACAUAUGUGCUUUGAGUGUGGGAAAACUUUUAUUUCAACAAGCAGUUUAAAACUGCACCAAAGGAUCCACACUGAAGAGAAACCUUAUAAGUGUUCACACUGCGACAAGAGAUUCACUCAGUUAUCAAAUCAGAAAACACAUGAGAGGAUCCACAGCAGAGAGAAACCGCACACAUGUGAUCAGUGCGGAAAGAGUUUUGCUCUUAAAAGUUAUCUGAAGAUACACAGGAAGAUCCAUGCAGCAGAGAAACCAGAUCACCACAGUCUGAAAUCACAGUAA